GAGGGUGGAGCCGGGGGCGGAGGCAGGCCAGAGUGGAAGCAGGUCCAGGCGCAGCUCUGACUGGGGCAGGUCGGCGGCGGUUGCCGCGGUGGUGACAAGAGAGUGGCCGGACCCCUACGACCCGGGGCGGAACUCUGCGAUCCAAGUGCUCGGCUCCCCAAGCGAGGUGGGCGGGCGGCUCGGGACCCUGGCCAGGGCCGGCAUGGAGCGGUGGCGUGACCGGCUGGCACUGGUGACGGGAGCCUCGGGGGGCGUCGGCGCGGCCGUGGCCCGAGCCCUGGUCCAGCAGGGACUGAAGGUGGUGGGUUGUGCCCGCACCGUGGGCAACAUCGAGGAGCUGGCUGCCGAAUGUAAGAGUGCAGGCUACCCCGGGACUUUGAUCCCCUACAGAUGUGACCUGUCAAAUGAGGAGGACAUCCUCUCCAUGUUCUCGGCGGUCCGCUCUCAGCACAGCGGUGUGGACAUCUGUAUCAACAACGCUGGCUUGGCCCGGCCUGACACCCUGCUCUCAGGCAGCACCAGCGGCUGGAAGGACAUGUUCAAUGUGAACGUGCUGGGCCUCAGCAUCUGCACACGGGAAGCCUACCAGUCCAUGAGGGAGCGGAAGGUGGAUGACGGGCACAUCAUUAACAUCAACAGCAUGUCUGGCCACCAAGUGCCACCCCAGUCCGUGGCCCAUUUCUACAGUGCUACCAAGUACGCUGUCACUGCGCUGACAGAGGGGCUGAGGCAAGAGCUUCGGGAGGCCCAGACCCACAUCCGAGCCACGUGCAUCUCUCCAGGAGUGGUGGAGACACAAUUCGCCUUCAAACUCCAUGACAAGGACCCCGAGAAGGCAGCUGCCACCUAUGAACACAUGAAGUGUCUUAAACCUGAGGAUGUGGCCAAGGCUGUCAUCUAUGUCCUCAGCACCCCGCCACACGUCCAGGUCGGAGAUAUCCAGAUGAGGCCCACGGAGCAGGUGACCUAGUUUCCUGUGGGGAGCUCCUCCUUCCCUCCCUGCCCCUCAAGGCUUGGCACCUGCCUCUGGAUUUGGGGUGUUGAUUUCUGGACCCUUGGAUUCCACUUCCUUUCCCCACCCCCACCAGGGGCUGGAAAACUUGUUUGAGGUUUCAUAUAAUCUUGUCAAAUUGUUUCCACUGAAUUUGAAAAAUGGGCAGGGGAGAGGAGGUGGUGUCCCUGAUUGUUUUACCUGCUGAUUCAUUCUUGGUCUCCGUUUUGGGCUCUUUGGCCUUUGUUUGCUGUCCUUGGUCUCUUCCCUUUGACCUGGGAAAGGGACUGUGGCCAAAAGUGGGGCUUUCCCCUAUCUUCUUGCACCCCACCCCUGUCCCUUCAGGAUGAGGAGGCAGAGGGAAGCCCUCACCUUCCAUCUGAAUGGCUUUCGGGGCUCUGGGCUUCUUCCUUUCCCUGCAUCCCACCCCCCACCCCAUCUAUUCCCCGUCCCAGUUCUCCAGCCCCACUGUGGCUUCUCAGCCCCCGGUGGGGUCCUCACUCCACUCUAUGGCAGCAGAGUACCAGGGCCUGCCUCCCAUGUGGGUUUCACUGUGAUCAUUAAAAAAGAAAAACUGCGACAACCUACCUUGGCUU